AAAGUCAUGAUGAACCCCUGUUAAAGCGUUUGUUUUUCUAUCUGUAUUUUUAUGUUUUGCUGUCAGUCAAUGUGCUGUCAGUUAUCACGCUUCCGAUAUUGCUGUCACAUGUUAAAAGCGAACCGAAGACAAGAACCAUAUAUGCGCCACCUAGUUGUUGAGCUUGGUAACAGAACGAAUUAUAUCAAAUUUGAAAUUAUUACGCAGUAGAGAACGCAAUUACGUCGUAGAGAAUCAACCAUAGUACAAUAGUUUAAUAAUACCUAGGAAUGACGAUUUGGUCAAACUCUCUCUCUCUACAAUCGACCAAUGUAAGGAAAUUGCGUCGCAGAAAUUAAGUCUAAAUCAAUCUAGGUCGCGUCGGUCAUAUCACUAUUGUGGAGUGCUUCGAAUCGAGUAGUUGAUUCUUGUCGGAGUGAUUUUUUCAAGUGAAUCGUUGAAAUCUAAUAAGAUUUAUACUGAAUUUGAAGUGAGUUUUCGGUCCGUUUAAGUCGUUUAAAUUAUUUGAAAUAUUUAUGAAAGAAUUUAUUUGUAUCUAGUAUCGAAUUUGUCGAGUGUGAACAUCGAGUUAGAGGAAGUCUAACUAGUAAUUAAAGUGAUUGAUUCUGGGAAUUCAGGACCGUGAAGCCCAAGCAACGUGGGCGGCAAGUGUGGGGCCAGUUUCCGGCCAGUCUACGGUCCAGCUACUCUUUUGGACUUCGUUAGUAGCUCGCUCGUCGUUCGCAGCAUCGAGGACACAAACCUCUCGAGCAGUUUGGCCUACCCAUCCGAAAUUGAUGUCGUGUAACACCGCAAGCACAUUUUGAACGUGGACUCGUCAGUUAAUAAGUCGCAUGGCGCAGCCGAGAUUGAUAGACGGCUUCACUCCACAUCUCUAGGGGACAUCUAUACCCCGAAAUUCACGCCAGCGCGCGAGCCACGUGGGUUGUUCCGACACAUUCCUUGGUGACGACCUAAGGUAGGUUUUGGCCCACUCUGCGAUCUUUGUCCUUGGCGAGAUUCGUCGUCGCAGGAAGUCCGACGCGGGAUAGUCGUUGCGGAUAUCAUCGACAAGGUUAGACCGGUCCAUAUUUGCUCUUAAAUCUGCUAGAAUAGAAAACAGAUUGAUAUUAUUUAAAGUUACACCAAAGCUUUAAAAACGUGACGUCACAAGUAGGAAGUAGGAGGUUUUCUUGAAUUCUUUUGAAUAAAAGAAGGUUUUUUUAGAGUUAGUUUGAACAACUCGAUAAAUUCGAUCGUUUUAUGAAACGCGAUCGUAAUUUCGAAAUAGUUAAAUAAACCUACUUCAAGUUUGGUAAAAGCCUUCACAAGUUUUCUUCGUCACGCAAUAAAGUUUGUUUUUUGAAUUCUAGAUUGAUUCUUACUUAGUUAUAAGCGGCUCAUUUCCCCAAUUUGAUUGGUUAUCGAGAGUAAGUAUUUUAUUUUUAGUUUUGUUUGAUGAAAGUUGGUUGGUGAGUACUAAUCUGGUUGAUUGGCUAAAGACGUUUGCGUGUGUUGAAGUGCGACUUCGGUUCUGAUCGAAAAUUGACCUGCCCUGAGUCUGGCGGUCUCAUCCGGGUAAUUCUAGCAGAGCUAACGGUCCUCCUUUGACGGAGGUGGCGCUUAAGCCGUUAGUUUAAAGAACAGGACGGAACGUUACAUUUUGGCGCCCAACGUGGGGCCCGAAGUUGAUUAGAAUUUGCCAAUAUUUGAAGUUUGAUAGGUAUUUUUCAAAUUGGUUGAUUGAAUAAUCAGUCUGUUUGGAAUCUAGAAGUUAAGAAAUUUGGUUAGGUUUAUUGAAUUUGGUUGGUUUUGGUUAGAUCUAAGAAUUGAAUUCGAAAUUAGUUUAAAAUUUGAAUAAUUAGUUGAAUAAGUUGAAUUUGAAUUAUUUUUCCUCUACUUUUGCUAAGUUUUGAGCAAAUUUGCUUGAACUCACAAACAAUUUUCAAAUAGUGCUGUAAUAAAGUUGAAUUGUUUUGUUUCUGCUGUCAAUUUCGCGGUUGUCAAAGAGUUUGUGAUUGGUUUUGUGGUUGGAACAGGAAUUAUAUGAACCUAACUGAGUUUGAUAGUGAUAAAAAGUAAAUUUUCAUAAUGGAGUGGUACCGAAUCUAUGCCGAUGACCUCGAUAACGAAGAGCUGGACUAUGAGCUGGCAAUUCGCGCAUGUCCUCUUGUAGGCGGCCAGGAGACGCGUCGAAGGGAAUUGAGGAACCUUCUCCGUGGUCCGAAUUCGUCGAGAACGCUGGUCGUUGCCGAUCAUAUGAUGCAGGCGGAUCUCGAGAUAGUACCGUACAAGCUGCAAGAAAUCGAAAGGAUUAUGAUUGAUGAAUCGAGCAGAGGUAUGCUGUCGAGAUUGGUCCAUUACCAUCAGAGAGUUCGUCGUUACGUCCCGCAUAAUCCAGUAGAGCUCGAGAAUCGUCGACGUUUGUUGGAGUUGGUCGAUGAUUUGGCCAGAAGGUACUUCCAGGUGGACUUCCGUAUGAUGGAGACUCCAGUACCGCAGGACGAAAUCAGGGACCUACCGGCAGCGAACUCGCCGCGGUUUAUCAUGCAGCCACCGGAUGCCAUACGUCCAGGAGAUGGUGAACAGGUUAGAAGUGGCUCGUUGAUGAAUCCCGGUCGACCGAAUUCCACAGGCUCGGUAAAUUUGGAAGGUGCAGUGGGCGGUGAUAUCGGAUCCGUUUCAGUAAAUCGUCAGCCGGCACUGAACGAUCUCGAACCAGCAGUGGUAAAUCCUAGACCAGAAAGAGGUGCAUUCCAUUUGUGGCGUACCGGAGGUUCCCAGCCGCAGUACACAGGAGCGAUUCCUCGUGCUGCUAGACCAUCCGCUCCGGACUUUGUACAGUCGCCACCGCAGAUGGUUUCGUCGGUUAAUUUCAAUCUCCAAAAUCCACAAGGUCAUGUACACAGCAUUCCUAAUUCGUAUCCAGCCCAAGAGAUCAUCGAGAAUCAUCAGCAAUUCAGACGCCAACAGCAGGAAGAUCUGUCGCAGCCGAGGAGUGAUCAGCAUCCUCAAAGGGGCGAUGAGGUUCGUCAGACACCGAGGAUAACGGCUGAAAACAUAAACAUGAAUGAGUACGUGCAUUGCUCACAGAUCGAGGCUUAUGUGAAGAGAUGUGUGGAGCAGAUAACCCAGCAAGGAACAAGAUAUUCUAUCGGACAAGACAAUGUGGUGAACAACUUGGCAGAUGAAGUCGCGCAAGUGCGUUUCGCGGAUCAUGAGGUGCAGAACAGUCUACCAAACCGGAUAAUUCCACCGCAGUCGAUGAAUUUGCGUGAACCGAGCCCACCUCUUCAACUAAGUGGAUCUCGUCCGGAUGCUCGGAGUACACCGAGACAAAAUACCGCGAAUCUGCAUCGAACUUUCGCCGCUGAAGGAAAUAGAUUUGUUCCGGUUCAGUUUGGAAACAUUCUUAAUCCUAGACCGGCCGUAGAAUCACCUGGGAUACCAAGAUACCAACCUGAUGUCGAUGGCUAUCGUGGAAAUCUACCGCCAAGAAGACAACCCCAUCAACAGUGUGCGAUCAUCGAGAAGUGGCCGAAAUUCACCGGAGAUACGAAUACCGUUCCCGUUACCGACUUUUUAAGGCAGAUCGACAUUCUAUGCCGAUCGUACGAUAUCAGCAAGCAGGAGCUCCGUAUGCACGCCCAUCUUUUGUUUAAGGACAACGCUUAUGUUUGGUACACGACAUACGAGGAGAAGUUCAAUUCGUGGGAAACGCUGGAAGUCUAUCUCAAAAUGAGAUACGACAAUCCUAACAGAGACAGGCUGAUACGCGAAGAGAUGCGCAAUCGUAAGCAGCGCCCGAACGAGCUCUUCAGUGCUUUCUUAGCCGAUAUGGAGAUGUUAGCUCAACGUAUGAUCCGGAAAAUGUCAGAAGCCGAGAAAUUUGAGAUGAUAGUUGAGAACAUGAAACUCUCGUACAAGCGGCGUCUAGCGUUGGAGCCAAUUCAGUCGAUAGACCAUUUGGCCCAGAUGUGCUACAAAUUUGACGCGCUUGAGAGUAAUUUGUAUCAGGUUUACAACCAGUCAAAGUCUGUACACCAUGUCGCGUUGGAAGAUGAGGGAAACGAGGAUUAUUUGGAUGCUUCAGAAGCCGAAGUUUAUGCGCUGCGUUCCAAGAUGAUGCAAAACCGAAAUAGAGCACCAGGGAAAACAGCUUCGGAAACCAAGUCUUCCAAUGAGCAAAAACCAUCGGAAAUGACUUGCUGGAACUGCAAUACGGCGGGUCAUCUAUGGCGCGAUUGUGAUAAACGGAAGAGAAUCUUCUGUCAUAUUUGCGGAAUGAUGGACACAACGGCGUUCAAGUGUCCAAACCAGCAUAACCUUCGUUACGAAGACGAAGAGCCAAAAAACGAUUAGUUGAG